AUGUCUAAAGGAGAGAUUCCCGUCAUUGCAGACUUCAUAAAAUUUGUGAAUGCUGAGACAAGCACUGCAAGUGAACCAGUCUCCUCAGGAGAAGCCCUCUGUGCAGAGAUAGCUCAAUGGAUCAACCUUAUCAUUUCCACAAAGGCUUGGCAAAAGCAAACCUCUGAGGGCUGUUCUCACAUUCUGCAUUGCUUCUCUAGCCAUGAAAUGCAAGUACCUGCUGACCAAAGGAUAAGCUCCGAUAACUCCACCAGUCUUUGCAACCUCUGUGGCAAGAACCAUGACUUAGAUGAUUGCCACUUUUCCUAACUUAAAGUUUGCUUAUAGUAGGUCUCUGUGUGCCAUGAAACCAUGACGAGUUUCCAUUCCUGCUGCCAGGUGGUCUCUACUCACAAUGGUACAUAAACAUCUCACUCCAACUGGAUUAACAUUCCAUCGGUAAGGAAUAAGCUUCAAGAAGACUUAGAAAAUAUUCAGCCAUGGUCAAAUAUGGAAAAAAUGUGUAUUAAUGUAAAAAAAAACAAAAUUAAUGCUUAUACACGGAAAGAGACUGAGAAAGCAUACAGAAAAUGACAGCAAUCCUUUGACAAUUAACCUGAAAGAUCAUAAAUACAAAGAGUAAAAACCACUUUUAAAAUACUAAUUUAAAUAUUUCAUCUACCUAUAUACAAAUUUUAACUCAUUGCAAUUUUUAAAAAAUGUUAUUGUACAGUCUUCUACACAUCUAGAUACUUCUUCAACAUUGUGUAUUCUUCAUGUAUAUUACUUUGUUGAUUUUUAGAAGGCCACAGGAUUAUCAGUCUUUUUAAAUUUUAAGUGGUACUCCUUAUAAACAAAGUUUAUCACACUGUAUUGUAUUGAACUUCUUCACUAUCAGCCCACUUGCCAAAAGAUCUCCACAGACACCAAAAGGCUGAAAAGUCCUUAACAAACAAGUUCAAGCAUGAGUGGCUGACAGACAAGUCUCUGACAUGCUGAAUGAACAGAACAAAUCAAAAGUGUUCAGCAGCAAUCCAGCAGUAAGUGACAGAAAGCCAACAAUCACUUUACAUCCUGAUCCAAAGCAACAUUCUCCAGCCAUAGAGGGGGAGCAUUUGCAAAGGGGUUUCAAAAUUGCACAAAGUGUCAGUUGUAGAGAUAUUGCAUUACCCUAUUCUGCAUGUGUCUCAGUACUUGCCCUCUGAUCACCAGUUUGAUUUCAGCCAAUCACCUACCAUUUGGUAUUAACACGUAAUUAUGUAAUAACAUGAUCCAGUACUGCAUGUCUGUGACACUCAGAUGUCCUUGGAUAUCUCUCAUUUUUUUUCAAUUAAAAAUGUUGUUGUUUUUUGACACGCCUAUUGAUUCACAUUGAUCUUGUUACACAAGGAAAAUGUUGCUGAUGUUGUGCUUUAUGUCUGUUCACUGGAUCACUACCAUGUAAUCCAUAUGCAAACUUGUACUUCUCCUUCAGCUUCUAGAGAAAGCAAGUUACUGAGAUGAAGUAUCAUACUUGGCAGCAUAUAGCACCACAAAAAGUCUUUAGAAAACAAAACUUUAUUGCCAUGGCAUCAACAAAAAACUUUUCAUUCCUUCUUCCUUUUUACAUUACGACAUUUCCACCAAAAGCAUAACUCAAUUUUUCUUCCAUAUCUUUCAGACAUCGCAAGACCAUGAAGAGAACUGACACAAAACAACUUAUGAUGGACUUGGGGAAAGACUCCACGAGAUGACUAAAAAGUUCUGAAGAGAACAGUCACAACUACACCAGUUUUGAGUAACUAGACCUUGGGAGAAGGAAUCACUCUACUGUGUGACCCACCUCAGUUUAGUAGGCACUGCCCUACUACAAAUUGGGCAUCCAGUGGCCUAUACCUCUUGCGCACUUACAAAUGCCAAAACAUGAUAUAUGCAAAUUGAAACGGAACUGAUUGCAAUUGUCUCCGUAUGCAAACAUUAUGAGCCAUAUGUAUACAACAGUAACAACAUCCAAGUCUAAAGCAACCCCAACCACAACCACAACCCCCUAGAAGCUAUGUUCCUAAAGGCACUCAAGUUUAGCACCAAGCAGCUGUGAUAUUUUGGUGUUCAAUUUACUCAAAGCCCUGACAUCUCUUAACAAAUAGCAGAAAAUUUAAAGUAGUAGUCAAUGUGUUGUAUAUUGUAUUAAGUCCUGUUCAAAAUUGUAUGGUCCAACUCAUGGCUGGUGUCAAAUGUUUUAGUUGAUAAUACAUUUCUCUUCUUGUCUAAAGUAUUCAUUGCUGUUUAUUUGUUUUUGUUUUUUUUUUCUUAUAUCAUUUACAUUUUCAAUGUUUGUACUGUAAUAUUACUUACACCAUUAACCUGACAACAGUUCUAACAAAACAUUACUUAGAGAAUUGAUUUUUUCCCUUUUAAUGAUACGCUAUCUUAAGUUACAAUAAGCACUAUUAAGUUGUAACACACUUUAAAACACUAUGUUAUAGUAUACAACAAAUUUCAAUACCUGUAUGUACUUUCCUUUAGAAGAAUAAUCACAACAAAACAAACCAAAAGAAAAUAAAUACUACCAAGAAGAACUCUAUCUUUUGGAGACUGUUUCCUUUUUUAUUAUAGUUAUCUUUUUCUCCUCAUUUUAUUGCAGUGUGUUAUUCUAAUAAUUUGAACAUUUCAAACAAUUAACAAAUUGAAUGUCAUGUUGAUUGGCAAGGUUUCAUUUAAAAUUGUUAACAUUUUCUAUGAAAGGCCCCAAUUUUGACCUUGUUCUGAAAGGGGACAUAAACAGUGCUUUAAGCAUAACAAAUCAAAUAACAAAAAUAAGUGACAGUGAAUUGACUGAAGUUAUCAACAAGUUGAUCUGAAGUGGCCACAAGUUGACUAAUGUUGUUGGCAAGCUGGUUAGCAGUAAGUUCACAUGUGUGCAAGGUGAUUAGUAACAAAACAGACUAUCAAAGCUCAGUUUACAAUGUAGAACCCAUGAAUGACAGACAAAGAAGGUUCAGAGGAGUAACCUACCCCAGACACAACCCUGAGAGUAAACCUGGCUCUUAACAUCUUAGUAUUGCAGCUGACAAAGAUGACUAAGAUGAAAAAUCUGUCCUAGUUCUAGCAAGAGAGUGCAUGAAGCCAACCCAGUAACUCCAGAUGAGCCAGAGCCUGUACCUCAAACCAGUUUGCACAGAGGACUGCCCAUGCUGACUGAAGUGAUACAGAUCCAGUAUUUCCAGUGGAGUCAGAAAGUAAUGUAUGAGAUGUUGCAGGCCAAUUACCUACUGCACAGGAUCCACUUCCAUAAAUCUACCUACCACCAAGAAGAAAAAAGAGGAAGACAGCUGGAAACACAGGAACAAGUUCAAGCAGCCUAA